AUGAGAAUUCAUUUCCUUGUACUAUUACUUUUAUGUAUCACUACUUCAAGUUACGCUGGCUACGUUCCAAAAUGUGUCAACGGCCUCAGUCAAACCAUCUAUGGUGAUGCCCUUGGCAAGGACUGUUUCGACUGGUCCUGGGCAGCAGGCCGCAAGUGGGAUGCUUGCGACCCGGUCCACAGCGGCAAGCACUCCUUCUCGUUUACUCCAACCAACUGGGACGGUCUCUACAUCAAUCUCGGACACCCCAUCAACCCAACCCACGACUCUCACAUUAGCUUCUGGGUGCACGGUGGAGGUAUGGCCGGUCAAAAGAUGGCUGUCCGUCUCACCAAGAACAAGGUAGCCCUCGCCAGAGAGUAUCCAUUGUACGGUGCCAACAGCGUCCUCGUUGGUUGCAACGACAUCCGUCCCACCAACUGGACCCAAGGUGUCAUCUCACUCCACGACGUUGACCCAAUCUCGUAUGACGGUAUCCAAUUUGUUGCUCAAGGUCAAAACUGCUCCAAGCCAGUCUUUAUCGACACCGUUGAGGUUCUCCUCCGUUGCGACUCUGACCCACACGUAAAGACCCUCCCAACCUGUGCCUGUCCAUCUGAAUCCUGUGUCACCAUUGCCGUCAAGGAAACCAACAACACCUGGACACAAGACAACUGUGAAUACACCCAAUACGAUGUCAUCCUCAAGAACGUCGCUGGAAAGGCCAUCACCCGUAUCGACUUUGUUGCCGACAAGUUUGACUGCCGUUCCGAUGAAGAUAUCUGGGGUGUCCAAAAUGUUGCUCAUGGUCGUUGGGGUAUCCCAACCUACAUGGGUGGUUUGACCAAGGGUGGCGAAUACAAGUUUGGUUGUGUUGCCAAGCGUGGUACUGCUGGAUUCAAGGUUGUUUAUGUUGAAUAUUCUUAA